AUGCUACUUGACAUCAAUCGUAAACUCCUCGCUAGGUCUGACCGUGUCAAAUCAGUUGAUUUCCAUCCUACUGAACCUCAUGUCAUAUGCGGUUUAUAUAACGGUCAAGUGAAGAUAUGGAAUUAUGAGACGCAGACUGAUCUGAAGACUUUCGAAGUGACGGAUGUACCUGUUAGGUGUGUUAGGUAUAUCGCGAGGAAGAACUGGUUCGUCUCAGGAUCGGACGACUUCCAGCUACGUGUAUACAAUAUCUCAACAGGUGAAAAGAUAACUUCCUUCGAGGCUCAUCCAGACUAUAUAAGAUGUUUGACCGUCCAUCCUACUUUGAGUUUGGUGUUGACUGGAAGUGAUGAUAUGACGGUCAAAUGUUGGGAUUGGGAUAAAGGAUGGAGAUGUGUUCAGAUCUUCGAAGGUCAUACCCACUACAUCAUGGCAUUAUCCAUCAACCCCAAAGAUCCCCAGACGUUUGCUUCGGCAUGUCUGGAUCACACAGUCAAAGUAUGGUCGUUAGGAAAUCCAGUACCGAACUUCUCUUUGGAAGCUCAUGAGAAAGGUGUAAAUUACGUUGAUUAUUAUCAUGGUGGUGAUAGACCUUAUCUGGUCACUACAGGUGAUGAUAGACUUGUAAAGAUUUGGGAUUAUCACUCAAAAUCAUGUGUUCAAACGCUCGAAUCACACACUGCCAACGUAUCAUUCGCCAUCUUCCACCCAUCUCUACCUAUCAUCUUAUCGGGUUCUGAAGAUGGUACAAUCAAGAUUUGGCAUUCUUCCACAUACAGACUGGAAAAUACGUUAAGUUACGGAUUGGAAAGAGCCUGGUGUGUAGCUUAUAGGAAAAGCGGUAAUGAAGUUGCUGUUGGUUUCGAUGAAGGUGCGGUAGUAGUCAAACUUGGUCGAGAUGAACCUUCCGUAUCGAUGGAUUCAUCAGGAAAGAUUGUAUACGCUAGAAAUACGGAGAUUCUCACUGCCAACGUGUCCAAUGUUGGUGCUGAUGGCGAGGCGGUAGAAGAUGGACAACGACUUAUGGUAUCAUUGCGAGAUCUCGGUACUACCGAAGUCUACCCCCAAUCGUUACAACACAGUCCUAACGGAAGAUUCGUGACCGUAUGUGGUGAUGGUGAAUACAUCAUCUACACCUCUCUCGCCUGGCGAAACAAAGCCUUCGGUUCUGGUCUCUCAUUCGCCUGGGCAACAGAUUCCAACACCUAUGCAGUACAAGAGGGUAAAUCGAAGAUCAAGGUUUAUCGAAAUUUCAAGGAGAGACCAGGAUUGAUCAAAUCAUCCGGAUCAUAUGCUGUUGAAGGUAUUCACGGUGGUACGCUCUUGGCUGCUAGAGGGAAUGGAUUUGUCAUGUUCUGGGAUUGGGAGACUGGAUCAGUAGUUAGAAGAAUCGAAGUUGACGCUACAAACGUUUCUUGGUCUGCCACUGGUAACCUCGUCGCAAUCACUGCCGAAGAUUCGUUCUAUAUCCUGAGCUUUGAUCGAGAUGCCUACAACGCUAGAGUCGAUAGUGGGGAUAUCAUCGGCGAUGAAGGGGUGGAAGAGGCUUUCGAUGUCAUUGCGGAGAUUUCUGAGUCCGUGAAAACUGCUAAAUGGGUCGGAGACUGUUUCAUCUACACCAACUCUACAAACCGACUUAGCUAUCUUGUUGGUGAUCAACCGCAUGUCAUCAACCAUUUCGACCAAGGAAUUUACCUCCUUGGCUACUUACCCGCCCACAACCGAAUCUACGUUGCCGACAAAGACCUCAACAUCUACUCUUACUCAUUAUCACUCACUGUCGUCGAGUACCAGACUGCCAUUCUUCGAGGUGAUCUGGAAGGUGCCGAGGCUAUCUUACCUACUGUUCCUGCGGAUCAAAGGAAUAGAAUUGCUAGAUUCCUCGAGGGUCAAGACCUUAAAGAACUCGCUUUAUCCGUAUCUACCGAUCCCGACCAUCGAUUCGACCUUGCAAUCUCCCUGAACGAUCUUGAAACUGCCCUUUCUCUCGUCCGAUCAUCACCCGAAGCUGGCUCUCAAGCGAAAUGGAAGGUAGUCGGUGAUAAGGCAUUGUCAGCUUGGCAGAUGGACCUAGCUCAAGAAGCUUUCGAAAAAGCUGGAGAUUUAUCUGCAUUAUUGUUACUCUUCACUUCAUUAUCUGAUCGAAAAGGUUUAGAGAAAUUAGGUGGAUUGGCUAAAGAAAAGGGACAGAACAAUAUUGCUUUCGCAUCUUAUUUACAAUUAGGAGAUUCAAAAUCUUGUAUCGACAUAUUGGUUGGAACAAAUCGAUUACCUGAAGCUGCCCUUUUCGCACGGUCUUAUGCUCCUCAGGAGAUCUCAGGUGUAGUUGGUAAAUGGAAGAAAUCUUUAGAUGGGGAAGGUAGAUCAAAAAUAUCUCAGACUAUUGCUGAUCCCCUUGAAGAUAAGGAAUUAUUCGGGAAUGAAGGCUCCCUGGGAUCUAAUGAGGAAGGAAGUGGUGUUUUAGUUGAGAAAGACGAAGACGAGGUACCACAGGACCCUCAAAGUGGCGCGGGGGUAGCGGAGAAAGCACGGGAAGUGGUGGAGAAGGCGAAAGUGGGUGCGGAGGAGCUGGUGGAGAAGGUGAAAGAUUUGAGUGUGGGUGAUAAAGAGAAGGAGAAUGGUUCUAGUGAGCCUACAGAAAAUACAGCACCGGUGACACUUGAACCUCCUGUCGAGCCUGCUCCAGAAUCAGCACCUACACAGGGAGAUAAGAAAUCAAAGAAGAAUAAGAAGAAGUAG